AAGGAUAACAGACGUUGGAAGCUAAGCAUAACUUGUUGCUUCUCCAAAAACCCAACCCACUUAAAACACCACACCAAAACACACUCUUAUUAAGGCUUUCUCUCUUUUUUAUUUUUUUAUUUAUCAUUAUUAUUAUUUUCUUUCUUAAACUGAAACAUUGCGCUCUUCAUUCAUUCUUUCAUUGCCUUGUUCUCAGCCUUAAUUUCCAUAGAUUUUAAUGGUUUAUGAUUCACUUUUCGUGGUAACGGGAUGGGAGCUCAGAAGAGCAUCCAUGCUGGUAAAGCCAAGAUUGAUGUUAACGUUGAUUUCACUCACAAGCUUUGUGCUUCUUUGAUGGUUCCUCCUUUCAGGAGUGGUAAUGACAGCCCUCUUUCUCUGAUAAUAGGAAGUCUUUGUAUAAAACAUCCCAACUUAUUCGGUGGAAGUGAGAAGCUUGAUAUAUCAUGGGAUAAGGGGCUCUAUGAUUCUAAUAUAUUGAUAGCUUGUAGAAGACCAAGACCCGAGUGGUUAGCUCAACAGUCUUUUAUAAUUCAGCACUCUAUUUCACCUGAGAUUGGGGUCCAUGGUAUUCCUGUAGAUAAUUUCUCCCGUUCAUGUAGUGGAGGUGUGAAUUUGUCUAAACUAUCAGUGGGGGUGGAUUUGAAUGAGCCUGCAAGUUCCAAAUGGAGUAGCACGACUAGCAUAAAGUUCGAGAAUGUUCGCCCAGUGAAUGAUGAUGGUCGCUCUAUAAGCCGAGAUGGAGAUGGAUUUCCAGUGACAUGCAGUGGGAAGUCCCAUGAUAGCAUGGUUGUUCUAAAGCAAGAAUCUCGAUUUGCAAAGGCAAAUGAUUCCAGCUUUUUUCAUUUUAGUUUGCAAAUAGAACAAGGGGUUCCAGUUUUAUCCAAGUGGCUACUCUUCAACCGGUUUAAGUUUGUUGCAUCAAAGGGAGUGAAAGUUGGGCCAGCAUUUCUCUUGACAAAGAUGAUGGGUGGUUCCAUUGUGGGGGAUAUGGCUCCAUACCAAGCAUUUGCAAUAGGAGGUCUUGCUAGUGUUCGAGGAUAUGGUGAAGGUGCAGUUGGUACUGGCAGAUCAUGUUUGGCUGCUAAUAGUGAAUUGACAUUUCCUUUGACCAAGAUGAUGGAAGGUGCUGUUUUCUUGGACUGUGGAACGGACUUGGGAUCUGGUCAUCAUGUACCUGGAAAUCCAGCCUUGAGGCAAGGAAAACCAGGAUCUGGAUUUGGGCUUGGAUAUGGUCUUCGUUUCAAAUCGCAGUAUGGCCAUUUUCAAGUUGAUUAUGCUAUUAAUGCAUUGCAGCAAAAAACUGUGUACUUUGGCCUAAGUAAUCUUGCUUCAUGAACUUCCCAGUUGCAAAAUUCAUGCAGUUUUCUUGCUUCAUUGGAUGGUUCAACAUUGUUCAUUUCACGCUAGUUAUGAAAUUGCAGAGUUUGUGGAACUAAACACACUAGCAUGCUACUCUAGUUCUCCACAUUUUAGAAGUAAAAUGGCAUCGAUUGAUUUAGCCCACCUUUUUUCUUUAUUUUUUUUGUCCCAUGAUUUUUUAUCUAAGCAAAAUCACAAGCGUACUAAAUUAAUUGAUAUGUAACUCCAUUCAAAUACUGCUGGAGAACAUGAGUUUUUUACUGCAUAAAAGUAUCUUUACACUA